GGAGUGGUAAAGUAACAUAGGCAAUUUAGCAGUGACAUUAUUUCCUAUAUAUACACACACGACGAACAAACAUGAUCAAGCCUUCAUAUAUCAAACAAGAAACAGAGGAAAAUGGCUUCCUCCAUGGUUUCAUCAGCAGCUGUAGUUCACCGGACUAGCUCCCCUGCUCAGGCCAGCAUGGUUGCGCCCUUCACUGGGCUCAAAUCAGCCUCUGCUUUCCCUGUCACCCGCAAGGCCAACAAUGAUAUUACCUCUAUCUCCAGCAAUGGUGGAAGAGUUCAGUGCAUGCGAGUGUGGCCUCCAAUUGGAUUGAAGAAGUUCGAGACUCUCUCUUACCUGCCUCCCCUAUCUGCCGAGUCAUUGGCCAAGGAAGUAGAUUAUCUUCUCCGCAACAACUGGGUUCCCACCUUGGAAUUUGAGUUGGGGAACCCUUUCGUUCACCGUGAGAACGGCAAUUCCCCAGGGUACUAUGAUGGCCGUUACUGGACAAUGUGGAAGCUUCCCUUGUUCGGUUGCACUGAUUCUUCUCAGGUGUUGAAGGAGCUCGACGAGGCCAGUACCACUUACCCCAAUUCAUUCAUCAGGAUCAUCGGAUUCGACAACAUCCGCCAAACACAGUGCGUUAGUUUCAUCGCUUACAAGCCCCCUAGUUUCUAAGUUUUGAGGCUACCCUAGCUAUCCGGCUUUACUUCAAUUUCACUUUCAAUUCGUUUUGUUGCUUCCCUUUUUUUCCCUUUUAGUUUUUACUCUGUAAUUUCUCUUCUUGUAAACCUCCGUUUAUUCUGUGAAUUGAUUUAGAUGUGAACA